ACGAAAGUAACACCGACUAACGUGAUGUUUAUGCGACUGUGACCCAGUUGGUGAUGUCAAAGUUCAGAGUGCAUACAAAAUGGUGGAGAUGGAAAACAUUCGCGUGGUUCGGAUUGGUGGUAGUAAAUUAAUCUUAAGAAAAGUUUUAUUUUCUUUGGACUCUAAAUAUCUUCUGUGCAUUUCAGGUGAUCUUGUGAAAGUGUAUAGCACCGCCACUGAAGAAUGUGUGCACAUCUUGCGAGGGCACAAAGACUUGGUCACUGGACUCUUCCUGAAUCCCAGAAAUCACUUGCAGCUGUAUACUUGUUCAGUUGAUGGUACCGUGAAGGUCUGGGAUUUCACAGAUGGAAUUCUUCUAAAGACUUUUGUAGUUGGCUGGAGGCUCUAUUCACUCUACUGCUGCUUUGGCACCGAGGACAAAAUCUUUUCUAUAGCUUCAGAGUAUGACCUUGAUUCCCCAGAUUGUUUUCAGCUAAUUUCUGUGAAGCUUCCCAAAUCCACUGACCAAGAGAUCGAGGCAAAGCAGCUGUCAUUGAUUUUAGAUGACGUAAGCCAGGAGCCAAAAUGUACUGCAUUUGGCAGAGAGGUUGAAUAUGUUGCUUCAGCAAAAGGCCUUCGGCUAUCUGUGUAUUUCUUCAAGAAAAAACAGUUACUUCGGUUUCCUCUCAGUGCCUCAAGUAAGAAAGGAGCAAAUAACAUAUUCACCUGCGUGGCAUGCCACCCGAAGGAAGACUGUAUAGCAACUGGCCACAAAGAUGGCAGGAUUCGUUUGUGGAGAAAUUUCAACAGCAAGAAGGAGUACACUUAUACUUCGCUGCACUGGCACCAUGAUGCAGUAAAUGAUCUGGCAUUUUCUGCUGAAGGUACUCAGCUUUUGAGUGGUGGUAUUGAGUCUGUCUUAGUUCAGUGGCGCUAUGGGUCUGAGACCAAGAAGGACUUCUUGCCUCGUCUUGGAGCUGCUAUUGAGCACAUAUCUGUCUCUCCUGAUGGAGAGCUGUACUGCACAUCUCACAGUGAUAACAAGAUAAUGAUCAUUCAAAGCAGCUUGAAGGUUACGGCAUCUAUCCAAGGGUUGAUGAGCGGUGAGAAUUUAUGGACUGGCUUAGUAAUUGAUCCAAGGACAAAAGCUUUAGUUCUGAAUGGAAAGCCUGGCCAUCUACAGUUUUAUUCUCUUCAAAAUGAUAAGCACUUGUACAAUCUUGACAUAAUUCAGCAAGAGCAUAUUCAUCAGUCUGGCCUGAAUCAGUUUGAUGUGGUAAAAGCAGCCUUUGAUUCUCAUGGAAGCUGGCUGGCAACUGUUGAAGCAAGACAAGAAAAGGAAUCUGAGCCUGAAUUACAGAUGAAGCUGUGGGUUUUUGAUGAACAGACCCAAAGUUUUCUUCUCAACACUACAAUAACAAGGCCACAUGAAGAUCACAUCACGGGUUUGUGUUUCCGUGAAGUGGAUGCUUGUGAGACUCCCACACUCGUAACAUCGAGCAAGGAUGGCCUUUUUAAAGUUUGGGUACUAUCCAGUGAUUCAGAUGUAGAUCGACAGCAGACCAGAUGUUGGAGCUGUGACUUUGUUGGGAGCUACCAUAAACGACAAGCAACAAACUGUUGUUUUUCAGAGGAUGGCUCAAUUUUGGCUGUCAGUUUUGAAGAAAUUGUCACAAUAUGGGAUUCAGAAGCAUGGGACCUCAAGUGCACCUUUUGUCAACCUCCAGGAAACAUAAGAGCAGUCUGUUUCAGCAGAGCUUCAUGCAGCAUUUUCCGACUAGGUUCCACAGAUCCUGUUUUCAUGUGUUGCCCUCCCUUGUUAAGCUGCCUGUUGGAGUGGAGUGCUCGGCUCAAAGUGGAUGUACUUCAAGUGGAUACCUGCUCUGAGAACGUAGCAGCUUUCUCACAUCAGUCUGGAUUUUCUAAUUUAAUUGUAUUUAAGCCCAGUGAACCAAGACCGCUGUACAUUAAGAAGGAGUUGUGCCAAGGUAGAAUUUGUUGUGCCGUAUUUGUUCCCAAGGAUGUGCCAGAGGCAAUGGCAUCUGAGAGCCAUCAGUGGAUGAACAGAUCUCGACUGUAUUUCCUCAGAGAAACACAGGACUUAUUGACAUUCACUACACAGUCUGAAGAAGACAGACUUGCCUUGUCAAGCAAACAGUUAGUAAUAGAAGAGAAUGUGCCUAUGACCCCCUUCUACUUGUUGCUUGGAAAACAUAGGCAACUGCAGCAGGAAAGGCUGGAUGCUGAAACUGGAAAUGUUGCAGUUCAGAGUCAGUUACCAAAAGGAUCAGUUGCCAUCCGAGAGUUAUUAAUAACACCAGCACAUGUUUUGCCAUCUGCUUCAGUUUUAUGCACAAUGUUUGUGAAUUCGCUGUUAAUAGGAAAAGCUGGCAAAGGCAGUGAAAUGGAAGCUACUGAAGAUGUUGAAAUGGAGAGUGAAGAUGACAGUGUUGAUGAUGACUCAGAUAAGGAGGCAGAAUCACCAAAGAGACAAGAAAAAGAAUCAAAAUCUGCUUGUUUUGCUGAGGACUUGUUGCCAAAACUGUCUAAAUAUGAAGAAAAGGAACUAAAACGAAUUAGAAAGCUGGAUUUCAGUUGGGUUUCGUCUUGCUAAUAAGGUUAUAGGACCAAUUUUCACUGGCAAAAGUGUUUUAUAAAUGUAAAGUUUUAUUUUAUAUUGCCUUGUCACCAAAAGAAAACAUCCUUUGUAAAUAUUUUGUGCCAUAAUACAGUAAAAUAACUUUUAUCAUGUA